AUGCCGCCAAGCUCGGACUGGGACACCAAUCCGGAGUUGGAAAGUGCUGUGUGGCAGGCUUCACAGAGACUUUCGCCGGCGAUGGCCAAGAAGAUGUACGGGUUCAUGAAGCGGACAUGGAGCACCGCGCUUGCGGAGCUGCGGAGGGACGACAAGGCACCUGAUCGGCCCGAGGAUCGUCGCACCCACUUCGUCAGGGCCUGGAUUUCCGACACUCUUUGGAGACUGUAUCAAGCCGGUGAGAACUGGUCUGCGGAGCCUGCUAGCAUGGGGAUCGACACCGCAGAGGCACAGGACGUCUUCAGUAGAGUGCUUUCAAGGCCUCGUGUGCUCCCCGACGAGGCAGGGGGACGCUUGCCCGUUCCCUCGCGGCAGUGGCACGUGGUGACCCAGGCCGUGGAGGACACCUUCGAGGAGCUCUCGGAGGCCCGCGUUGCGGACACGGCCGAGAGGAAGAAGAAGCGACCGGCAAAGCCGAAGCCUGCGAAAGGCCAGGCUUCUCGGAGCCAUGCUGCUUCCUCGCACGAUUCCUGGAAUGCCGAUAUCCCUUUUUGGGCGAGGAAGAUCCGGGACCGGGACAAUGACACAGCUUAUCGUUCCAACAGUUGGCAAGGAGACGAUCAGAGCAAAGACUUCGAUCGAGGAAAGGGCAAGGACCGAGGAAGAGAGAAAGGCAAGGAGAAAGGAAGAGAAAAGGGUAAGGAGAAAGGCAAGGGCAAGGGAAAGGGCAAAGACAAGGGCAGAGACGGGACGGCGGACAGGUGUCAAAGUGACUCUCCUUUGAGGACGGGUUCCAGGUCACGAACCAUCGAGGAACGGCUUGGAGGGAAGCUGCCUACGCCACGUCGAAGCCGUUCCAGAGGAGCUCGAGACAGGAGCCGACGCAGACCUGGCCGAAAGUUUGAGACAGGCGCCGGGCGGCGAAGAGCAUCCCGCAGCCGAAGGCGUCGUGCCGGAGGCCGGCGACGACGGUCCGUGAUAAGGCACAGACGUCCGCGCUCAGCCGGUCGAACAGCCCGGGAAGAUGCUCGGCGGGCCAGAACUGAGACUCGCCGGAGCCGAAGCGCGAAGCGAGGCCCAACGGGCCCACGAUCUCCUUUCGGUGGAUUGAGGUCUGUGUCACCAAAGAUGUCACCGAAGAUGUCACCGAAGGCUCUUAAACUUUCGGAGCCACCGGAGCCAACUGCUCAGAGCAAGGCGAAGCCUGCCAAGGCACGCAGCUGCAGCGCCUCCAGCGAUUCUUCCUAUGCCAGUAUGGAGACCAGGCCCAAACCAUCUGCCAAGACAAAGGCAGAGAAAGAAGAGAAAGAGGAGGCGCAGGAAGUCGAGGAGAAGGAGAGGGAGGAGGAGAGCGAACGUGAGGUGGAUCAGGGCUCGCCAAUGUCUGAGGCGAAGCUCCCCGAGCCCGAGGCAAAGUCCAAAGCCAAGGGCUGCAGCAGCAGCGGGAGUGACUCCUCCGAUGGCAGUGCGAGGCCCCAGCGGACCAAGCGCCAAGGCAGCCAGGAGGCAACGAAGGACAAGAGCGAGCACGAGAAAAGUGAGGAAGAGCGGCAGGAUGCUGUGGAAGACGGGGUCAAGGCCGAGGUGGAGGCCGGCGAGGUCUUUGCCGACGUCGAGGACGCAGUUGACUUGGAGGCGGACUUCGAUGACAUCGACGAUGAGAAGCUUAUGGCACAGCUGCAACAGGGCCUCAUGAAGGUGGAAGAAGCAGAAGACACCAACGACGCAGCAGAGCCAGUGGAGCUUGUGGAGUGCGUCAAUCGAAACAGGGGCACUUGCCUGGCUCUUCGAGCAGAGAACGGCGAGGACCAGAAACUCGAGCACAAGCUGCUGUUUGCGGAUGACACCGUGCGCGGUGGGUUGUUCACGGGCAUGUACUGCAUCAAGUGUGCCAAGAUCGUGGAGUACAGUUGGCGGAAUGUUGCAGCAGCUUGA